AUGGACAACAAUAACCAAGCCGCUAUGGACUUUUACGCACCUAUCGCUCUGGAGUAUACUAGAGAUCAGUACUCAAAAGCUAAAAUCAACCUCGAGCAGCAACACCUCCAGCUCGCUGAUCUGCAGGAGCAGCUUAUCAAUCAGCAAGCCGAGAAGAUUGAAAGCCAGUUACUACUUAUCAGAGAGAAAGACGCCACCAUCAUCGAGUUGCAGGGACAAGCUGAGCAGGUUGAAAGCCAACUGCUGCUAAUCAGAGAGAAGGACGCUACUAUCGUAGAGUUGCGGGACGAGCUGGAAAAAGUGCGGAACGUGCUUUCGAGUAUUGCUGAUAUCACCACACCUAUACGGUCAAGACUGCCACCAGAAGGUCGCCCCCGUGAAGAAUGUGGUGAUAGUAAAGGUGGUGAUAUAGCCCAGCAGAAUGUGACUGCGAAGGUCAUCUCUAGGCCCACUACAAUACUGCGAGUGGAUAAAGAGCUACCGGCGAUGCCCCCCAUGGGGAAUCAUUCGGCAGCGAAUAGUCUCGACUCAAGGCUUAGGGAACAGCCAGUGCCUCACAAGGUUGCCAGGUCGACAAUCGGGGAGCCCCCGUCAUCUCCAACGCGCAGCCAAUACGGCCCAAGUAACUCAAACGCCUACACUUCCCCGAGGGCUUUAUCGACAAUAUCAUUACCUUCCAAGGUAUUACAAUCUCCCAUUCAGUCAGACCAAUCAACACCAAUGUCUCCGACGGCUCGGCACCCACGAUAUGCAUCUCCUCUGAGCAUUGUUCGAGAGAUUUCUCCUCCCCUAUCACCGCCAAUUCUGAGCGCUCGUCAAGGAAACUUACCGUCUCUGGGGAAUAUAGGAAGAUCGUCGCGGGAGGGCCUUCGUACUUCGAUGUUGAGUCCUUCACUAUCAAAGCCGAAGAACGAACCCCUUGCAGUAAAGGCUAUAUCGUUAGAUAAGGCUGAGAAGUUUAGGGGGCCAAAAGAGAUAACUGAUAAUGAGGAUGAAGAGGAGAUGAGACAGAAGAUUCGUUCGGAGGCGGAGAAAAGGAAGGAGGCCGCAUUUAGUCCAAGGGAUAAGAUAGAAAGGGACUCCACGAUUCUUACCUACAUCACAACCGCUCAGGAGGACCCAACAGCGUCGAAUAAGUCGUCAACAAUGAUCAAUCGGCUUGGAAGCGCGAGUGAGAGGUUCGGCAAAAAGCUAACCGAUUCCAAGAAAAAGAAGCCUGGGAUUCAGAAAUCCAGCAUUACUCACCCAUCUUUGAACUUGCCAUCAGAGAUGCCGCGGGAAGUGAGGAGUAAAUUUUCCGAAUCUCCCGACACCGAGACUGAAAACGAUGCAGACUUUGGGCGAAUAACUGGACUGGUAAACCUACAAGUAUCUGCAGAGAACCUACCGCUGAAUGGUGAUGCAUAUGGUGGAAACCGGAGAUAUCGUGAAGGCAAGACCAGUAAAGUUAUGGAUAAAAUCCGAGGCUGGAAGGAGAAGGAUAAGAGAUAA